GCAAAAACAACAACGCAAGAUAACCCUGUCCGACUCGGAAAUCAGCUAGGCACGAAUAUAAACAAGCUGGGCUCCAAGUUUCCCCAGAUAGCUUUGAUCCGAGGUGUCGGGUGGCUAAUGCCGUCAGUCGGUUUUUGAUAUCAGAGUGCUACGGCUCCGCCAGCCAGACAGUCGCGAAUUUCUAGCGGGGAUUGUGUCGGAGGUGCCCCUCCUCCUCCACCUACUAAUCUCUCCUCGAAUAUUUAUCAGGUGAUAGAGUGGCAGGCAACCAAGGAGGCAGCUCUCACUCAGUGCGCAUUGGAAGGGGAAUCCUUUGGCUCAGAGGACAAAAUAAUUAAACGGCCCCAAAAUGGACGACAAUAGCAGUGGUCGCACUUCGUUGGCGGACAGUGCCAGCCUCACCAACUCAUCACUGCGCAGUGGCGCCUCCUCGUCCCAAAGUCUUCACAGUACCGACAGUGUGGUCCGAGUCGCGAUUCCCAAAAUGUCCAAAUAUCGGGAGUUUCCGGUGGGUCUUCAGUGCGAGAAGAUCAUCAUACAGAUAUGCCGCGAACUUGGCAUCAAACCAACCUGCAUCCUGCUCUUCGGCAUCCGGGAACACCACACAACGACACGAUCGCCAACGGCCGUGAGAAUCGAAUGCACCUGGGUAUCGCACAACGAGCAUCUCAAACCCGAAAUUCUCUACUGCUUCAAGAUGCGAUUCCGUGUGCCAGAACUGGACACCCAACUGGAGCAGAUAGAUCAGGCCAGCCACAGCUUCCUCUACAGACAGAUGAGCUACGAUAUGGUGAACGAGCUGAUACCCGAGAUCCGCUAUCCGGACAACAAGAAUAUGACCAGCGGACUGAUCGUGGUGGACAUGAUCAUCGAUAUGCAGCUGAACCACAAGUCGAUGCGUGAGAUGGAGAAGAUGUUCAAGAAAUACCUGCCGCCCAGGCUGUGGAAGGCGCACAGCAUCUUUGUCAGCUCCAAGAUCCUCGAAGUAUUUCGCACCCUCAGCGCCAACUCGCCGAGCGUGGACCGCCUGAUGUGGCACUACGUGCACCAGGUGGCCCACUUGGCGCCCACCUACUUGACCGAACAGUUCAUGGCCACGGUCAUGUAUUUGCCCAACGAGGAUCUGCCCGGCGGCGCACCGUAUUUGGGUCAUGGCCUGACCACCAUACCCGGAGCCUUGACAUCCACGUCAUCAUCGGAUAUGGGAUCCACCAGCACCAUAUCGACACUCACAACGAACGUGGGCAGCGGCAAGAAGGGCAAGCGACGUCCUCCGAAUGCAGGAAUCGAUGUCUAUGUCCGGGUUUUCCCGCACGACUCUCCAAAUCCUGGCCUCAAAGUGGCCCGUGUCACCUCUGAGGCAACACUGAAGUGGCUGUUGGUGGGACGUGUUGAAGGUAUUUUCAUGAUCUCGAAGAUCAGUAACACCGACGUUAGGCUGGAGAUAGAGGGACUACCCAAAGGAUUCGAGAUGCGAUUCCAGACGGAGCAGGAAAUGAAGUCCUUCAUCUCCUACCUAAGCAUUUAUAUAAGAUUAACAACCAAAUGGAUGCAGGACCUGUGCCAUUCGUAUCGCACCCCGUCGCUGGAGGAGCUGGGAACUAUGCACAUACACCCUCCCAUAGGGGGAGCCUAUUCCUUAAUGAAACUACACGAAAAUGGGGAUCGGUGUGGGAGUUACAUUGUGCGUCAAUGCGACCGGGAAUACGGGGUCUACUACAUUGAUAUCAACACCAAGAUAAUUGCGAGGGAAACGGAUCAGGAGCGUUGUAAGCCGGAAACCUUCCGUAUUGUACGAUUGGAGGCGAAUCAGUGGAGGCUCACCUACAACAAUGCCGAUCACACGUUCAAUUCGCUGGCCGAGGUGGCGCACUUCAUCAAGGCGGACACGAAUGACAGGGUGAGGCUGCCGCCCUCCAAGUACGACAAGCCGCCGUUGCUGCUGCUCCUGCUGCCAAAGAACCUCAAGGCCAAAAAGACUGACCUGCAGCUGAGCGAGUCGGAACUGCAGCGGCGUAAUCCCCAGAUUUUUAAUCCUAAAACGGAUCUUCAGUGGUAUCCAGACUUGAUUUCACUUUGCGAGGAUGGUAUGAUGUUCUCGAUACGCGGCGAUUGGAUCCAACAGAGUCCCGUCAAGGAUGUGCCCGUCACCAUGAAAAUGCUGAAGAGCGAUGGCGACUUUAUGGAGUUUUUCCGUCUGGCCCAGACCUGGAGUCUCAUCCAGUCACCGCAGUUCCUCAAGCUAUACGGCCUCACGCUAUCCGAUCCCUAUACCAUGGUGAUGGAGUACAAUGGCGACAAGCCAUUGAAUCGAUUCCUUCAGACGAAGCGGGACGUGAGUCUGCACUGUUUGCUGGAUUUGAUGCAUGGGCUGGUGCGCGGCAUGCACUAUCUGGAGGAUAAUAAGAUAAUACAUAGCUAUAUAAGGGCCAGCAAUAUGUAUGUGACGAAGUAUGAUCCCUCCAACUUUAUACUGGAAGCCAAGAUCAGUGAUCCCGGCUAUCCGCGUCCCUAUGGAGAAUCUGAUUCACCCUGGAUACCAGUUUCGUAUUAUCGUAACCUUCAGGCUGCCAAGAAAGAUAUACACGUUCAAUUCUGGGCCUUUGCCACCACCACCUAUGAGAUAUUCUCGCGAUGCCAGCGGGAUUUGAGGACGUUACGACAGGAGGAUCUGAGGCGUCAGCGGAAUAUGGAUGGCAAUAUUCUGGAGCCUCUGGACGCGGACAUAUGUCCGUCCCUCAUAUCCGAAACGAUUAUGGAUGGGUGGAGCGAUGAGUUUCAGAAGCGCUUCAGUCCCCACCUGAUCUUUGCCCGUCUGAGUAUUAUCAAGGACAAGUAUGCUACAGACUACAUGCCCGCCCCAGGAUUUGAUACCAAUGGCACAACGGAUGAGUAUCGCAGCGAGAGCCAUAAUAUACCCUGUCCAAUACCCUUCCCCAAGUCCAAUCUCUGCAUGGUGGUGGAGCUGAACGAUUGUAGGCUUAUAUUCAGCACCGCUAACCAGAUCGGACAGGGCCACUAUGGCGUCGUGUAUCGGGGCCAGUUAGAAUACUACGACAAGGAUCGUUCACCGGAGCAGGUGGCCAUCAAACAGCUAACGAAUAACAUGCAUGUCUCGGCCGAUUUUCUCCGCGAGAUCGACAUAAUGCGCGAACUGGACCACCCGAAUGUGGUCAAGUUUAAGUAUUAUGCGGAGCGACGGCAGUGCAUCGUGAUGGAGUACUUGUCCGGCUCCUUUGAUCAAUAUCUGCGCUUCGAGGCCCCCAAUCUCAAGAACUCCGGCCUGAUAAGCUUCGCUCUGGAAAUAGCACUGGGCAUGGACUAUUUGGAUGGGAAACAGCUUAUCCAUCGGGACCUGGCCGCCCGAAACAUUCUGGUCGAUCGCAACGGUGGUUGUGAUAGCGUUAAAAUCUCCGACUUUGGUCUGGCGCAGUUCGCCAACUCCGAUGGCUAUUAUAUCGCUAUAAGUAAUCGCGACAUACCCAUUAAAUGGUACGCCCCGGAGGCCAUAUCAACUGGAAAAAUCUCAACGUACUCGGAUGUUUGGAGCUAUGGAGUCACCCUAUACGAGAUGUUCUCCCGCGGCGAAUUGCCAAACUUGCAACCGAUUCAGAAAGACAAUGAGGAUUUCCUUAAACGUCUUAUUGAUGGGGAACGCUUACCCUGCCCCAAAGAUUGCCCGGAAUUUAUUUACGCUCUGAUGAAAGAUUGCUGGAAUGCCACGCCCCGCUCCCGACCCCGCUUUAGUGACAUCGUCAGGAUGAUAGCCCCCCAUUGUGGCAUUAGAGACUCGCUACCGACUAGCAAUGGAGCAGCUCCAAGACCAGACACAGCCCCGACCGAAGAAUGAAUGAAUGAUGUUGAAGGGGGACUAAGAGCUUAAAGAGUGUGUUUUGAACACCGGAAUGAUAUACACAUUAUAUACUAUAUAUUUUUUAGGGAAUAUGUUUUUUUUUUAAGAUGUUAGCUUUUAAUAUGUACGUUUUUAAAACACCCUCAAAACUUGACGUGAUUUUCUUGCUUGGAAAAUCAAAUCAGAAUCCUAAUCUCUAAGGCCACACACAAAAAAAAAAACAAAAAAUCAACAAAAAUAUUGCCUUGCUAGCCUUUCUCUCGUAUUCUCGCCAGAUCUUAGUCUCACGCCCCCCGCCCCCCAAAUUAGGGAGCUACUUUGACUAAGUCCCUGACCUAAACUUAAAGCAAAAAUUCUCAACCCUAUGUGUUAUAAAUUUUAGCCCACUUUGUUAUAUAUUGUUAUAAGCUUGAGCUGCAUUUUUUUUCACUUAUAUAAUGGCUUAUACACACAAAACUAAAAACUAAACAAA